CUGAUAACCAACGCGUCUGCAUCGAGGGAACUGCCCAUGAGCAUGAAGCCUGCAGAGCUGGACCUUGUGGCGAGGCUGGAGACGAGCGGAGGGUUAGUAGAAUGCUGGAAUGCGCUUGUAGAGCUGAAGUCAUGCACGAAUGAGAUUAUCCUUUUCUUCCUCAAUGGCCAGGCUGAUAUCGGACCGGACUGUUGCGGGGCAAUCGAUAUCAUCACCAGGAAUUGCUGGCCUACAAUGCUCACUUCCCUGGGUUUCACUGCUGAAGAAGGCAACAUUCUGCGAGGCUACUGCGAUGCAUACACGCCUAGCCCUGCUGCCCCGCCUCCUGCAGCCGAGUCCCCGGUGCAGCCACCGAGUAUCUGAUUGGAGUGGAGGCUAGGAGCUAAGCCUUUGGGCAGCUUUAUAUAUUUACAUACAUACA